AUGCAAACCAUAAAGUGUGUGGUAGUCGGUGACGGGGCUGUCGGUAAGACCUGUCUACUCAUCUCUUACACUACAAACAAGUUUCCACAAGAAUAUGUACCCACGGUUUUUGAUAACUAUGCCGUAACUGUCAUGAUUGGUGGAGAGCCCUACACACUCGGUCUCUUUGAUACUGCUGGUCAAGAAGAUUACGAUCGUCUAAGACCUCUCUCAUACCCUCAGACUGAUGUGUUUUUAGUUUGUUUCUCUGUCGUAUCUCCAGCUUCAUUUGAGAACGUGAAAGAGAAGUGGGUACCUGAAAUCACUCACCAUUGUCCCAAGACCCCAUUCCUACUCGUCGGGACUCAAGUAGAUCUCAGAGAUGACGCAAGCACUAUCGAGAAACUAUCAAAAGCCAAGCAGCGUCCGAUCAGCGUAGAAGCUGCGGAGAAGUUGGCCAGAGAAUUGCGUGCAGUCAA